AUGUACCUGUUCAGAUGUGCUGCCACAGCUUCUGUCCUUCUCGGACAGGGCGUCUCCUCGCAAAACUCUUUUUGGGAUCACUCGCUUUACACCAGCAGUCCGGCAGUCUUUCCUAGCCCAAAUACAACCGGUGUUGCUCAGCUGACCUUGGAGGAGAAGGUUGGUGUGCUCACAGGAACACCAUAUGGGCCUUGCGUCGACAAUAUCGCUCCCAUCACUCGCGUAGGAUUCCCCGGUAUCUGUUUACAUGAUGGUCCUCUUGCGAUUCGACAAGCGACAUUCGAUUCUGUCUUUCCAGCUGGUAUCGCUGCUGCCUCGUCUUGGGAUCGCGAUCUAAUCCGUCAGCGGGGUGAACACCUCGGGGCUGAGUUUCGAGGCAAAGGAGCUCAUUUAGCUUUUGGACCCGCGGCUGGGCCUCUUGGAAGAUCCGCAGAUGCUGGCCGUAAUUGGGAGGGCUUCUCUCCUGAUCCAUACCUAUCGGGAGUUGCUAUGGAGGAGUCCAUUGAAGGUUUGCAGGGAACCGGUGUUCAGGCUUGUGCCAAGCAUUGGAUUGGCAAUGAACAAGAAACCCAACGACAGCCUACUCUGUCGCCGAUUGGCAAGACGAUCGAGGCAAUCUCGGCAAACAUCGACGACAGGACCAUGCACGAGCUAUACAUGUGGCCAUUUGCCAAUGCCGUCAAGGCUGGCGUUGCUUCUACGAUGUGUUCUUACAACAGGUUGAACGGAUUUUAUGCUUGCCAGAACAGCAAAGCGAUCAAUGGUCUCCUCAAGGGAGAACUCGGCUUCCAAGGCUAUGUUAUUUCCGAUUUUCUUGCUUCUCACGAUGGUGUCGCCACCGCCGAAGCCGGUAUGGAUAUGGAUAUGCCCGGCACCAUCGCAUUCUUCCACGGCGGUUCAUCUUAUUGGGGUCAGAACUUGACUGAUGCCGUCAACAAUGGGAGUGUUCCCGAAUCAAGAAUGGACGAUGCCGCUCACCGGAUCAUGACCCCAUACUUCCUCCUUGGCCAAGAUCAAAACUACCCUCUCAUCGACCCUGCAGGCGGUGAAAUCAGCCUCCUUGGCAUAAAGCCAUAUCUGGACACAUUCCAGUACGGAGAGGCAAACGUAGACGUCCGCAGCGACCACGCAGACGUGAUCAGGAAACUAGGAGCCGCAGGCACAAUCCUCCUCAAGAAUACCAACAACGCGUUGCCUCUCGGCAAGCCCAAGAGCAUUACGGUCUUUGGCAAUGAUGCUGCUGAUCCAAAGAACGGUCUCUACUCGAUAUCUCUCACUAACAGUGGCGACUUCGAGAAUGGCCAUCUUGCUGUCGGUGGCGGCUCAGGUACUGGUCGUCUAUCAUACUUGUCAAUACCUCUGGACGCUUUGAAGGCUCGCACUAUACAGAAUGGAACUCUUUUGCAGUGGAUCCUCAACAACACUCUCUUGACAAUGCCUGACCCUUUCAGUCAGUUGAAUUCUUGUCCUGAGGCCUGCAUUGUCACACUGAAGACAUUCGCGACUGAAGCCUACGACAAGUCGAAUCUCCUUCCUGAUUGGAAUGGUACUGAGGUUGUUGAGGCAGUUGCAGGCUGGUGCAAUAACACCAUUGUCGUGACUCACACCUCAGGGCCGAUUGUGAUGCCUUGGGGUGAUCACCCAAAUGUCACUGCUAUCCUUGCAGCGCACUUCCCUGGAGAGCAGUCUGGAAAUAGCUUGGUCGACGUACUCUACGGGGAUGUCAACCCUAGUGGUAAGCUUCCUUACACUGUCGCCUACGAAGAGUCCGACUACGCCUUUGCUCGCGUUAUCAGCUCUCCAGAGCUGAAGCUCACCGAAGACCUCAAUGCUUGGCAAGCAGAUUUCGAAGAGGGUCUCUUGAUUGACUACAGUCACUUCGACUACUACAAUCUCUCGAUCGAGCGUCGUGCUCCCCAAAAUCUGGCUGCACGCCCUGCCGAAGUCAAGAUCAAGCCCGGUGGCAAUCCUACUCUCUAUGACAUCGUUUACGAAGUCACCGUCUGUGUCAAGAAUACUGGCUCUGUCAAUGGCGCUGCUGUACCCCAGCUCUACCUUUCUCAGCCUGUCGACGCGUUCUUUGGCCGCACUCCGGUCCAGGUGCUCAGAGGGUUCGACAAAGUGUCGAUUGAUGCUGGCCAGACCAAAAAUAUUACGUUCCCUCUGAUGAGACGAGACGUAAGCUUCUGGGAUGUCGUACAGCAGCAAUGGAUCAUUCCCUCGGGUCAGUUCCAAGCCAGAGCUGGAUUCAGCAGCAGAGACAUCCGAGUCGCUUCUACCUUCAGCAUUCUGUAG